AUGGAACAAAACGGAUCCAACAAAAAGUCCUCCGCGCAAAUUACAACCGUGACCAGCAUAAAUCUCGAGUCGGACAUAAAAGUCCGCCGCUACGACUGCAAAUGGACCAUCAAUAAUUUUCGCUUCUGCUGUACACAUGACGUGGAGCCCGACUCAGAUGAUGACUCGAUAGAAUCUCAGCACUUCAACACUGACGGAUUAGAGUGGAGCAUAGAUCUGUUUCCACUAAGUUACUUUAGUGGAUAUCUAUCCGCGCAUCUCUAUUGUUGUACCGGUGACGACGAUUUAGAGAAUAGCAAAUUAGAACAGGUUCACGCGACAAUGUCGAUCAUAAACAAUUUGGGAGAGGAGGUUUGUACUCAACAAAAAAUGAGCACGAAGGAGAAGCUAGUGCAAACCCACGGAUUGAGGUUCGAUCGCAUCGUGGAAAGCAGUAUUCUUUACGACGAAGAUAAAGGCCUGCUGCCGAACAACCAACUGACGCUUCUGUGCAAAGUAACCAUCAACGAAACCGCCUUCCUCAAACCUGACGACAACGUCAAGAACACAGUGAACGAGCGUCGCUUGAUCGAGUUCGACGACUUCGAAAGACUGCUCGAAGAUCGAAAUUUCAGCGAUGUCAGGAUCAUCGUGGGAGACAAAACGUUUCACGCCCACAAAGCCGUCCUUUCUGUUCGCAGCUCAGUUUUCGCCAGCAUCUUUAAUCACGUGAUGAAGGAGCAGAAGAUCGAGAUCCCUGAUUUGGACGAGGAGGUUGUAGGCCAGCUGUUGCUUUUCCUUUACUCCGGCAGAGUUGAUCUCAACAAAAUCCAGAGACUGGCGAGUAAACUGGUCGCGGUGGCCGACGAGUACGAUGUAGCAGGAUUGAAGAUAAUAUGCGAGCAAGCCUUAAUAGAAAAUUUGAAAGUAGAUAAUGUAGCUGAAGUUCUCCAAGUAGCCGACAAACAUGGUUCGAAACGGCUGUGCGAAGCUGUGUUCGAGUUUUUGCGUGAGAGAAGACGCGGAUUGCCGUUGGUUCCUGCAGUUAGUGAUGAUGCGAAGAUUGAAGCAAUUUUCUCAUCGUUGUCUCCUGAAUUUUUGGCGAAACUAAUCAGAAGCUUGCUGGAUAAGUUGUGA